AUGCACGCAAACCAUGCAGUACGGACGUCCGAAUCUCAACGACCCGACUUGGCCAUUUCCCAUGAUAAAGCAUCUCUGUUGGCAAUUCAAGUCAAUAUGUUCCCAAACGCUGGCUUUUGCAUUGGAAUAAACGCACACCAUGCAGCUUUUGACGGAAAAUCUGCAACCAUGUUCAUGAAAUCAUGGGUCUCAAUAUGCUCUAACCUUCAAAACCCUACUACACCUACACCAACACCAACACCAAUACCAUCCUUACCUCACCAUCUUGCACCUUUCUAUGACAGAUCAUUGAUAAAAGAACCUACUGGAAAUGCUGAAGUGUAUGUUGACACGUGGAUGAAUCAUAAUGGUUCGACUAACCGAAGUCUUAAGCCGUGGGAUGUUGUUACUGCAAAGCUGAGUGAUGAACUCAAAGGUUUGUUUGAAUUGACCCCCUCACAGAUUCUAAAGCUCAAACAACAUGCAAACUCUAAGGUGAAAGUGAAUGUUCAUCCGUCAACAUUUUCUGUUACGUGUGCUCAUGUGUUGGCGUGUUUGGUCAAAGUGAAACAAGUGAAAAAAGAUAACGUGGGUUUCAUAUUUUACAUUGACUGUAGAUCGCGCUUGGACCCUCCAACUCCCGCCACGUAUGUUGGAAACUGCGUUGCAAAACAAAUGGUUGUGGCGUUGACUAAGGAGUUAAUUGGAAAUGAUGGGUUCAUUUGUGCUUUGGAGGGGAUAAGUGAGGCUUUGAAUGGAAUGAAGGAUGAAGGAGUGUUGAAUGAAGCAGAAAGAUGGGUUUCGGAUGUGAAUGAACUUAUGGAGGGUACAAUGUCUAUUACUGGAUCUCCCAGACAUGGGCAACAUUUUGGGUGGGGAAGGCCAAAGAAGGUGGAUAUGACUUUAAUAGACGAAACAGGAACAAUUACUCUUAAUGAAAGUAGAGAUAUCAGUGGAGGAAUCGAGAUUGGAUUGGUGUUAAGUAAACGUGAGAUGCAAGAUUUUACUACCCUUUUUGUUCAAGGACUUGAUUCUCUUUAG